AUGCAACCAAACGAAGAAUUUGAUUGUGAGAGUCUUAGACAAGCUGCAGUCAAUUACGAAGAGUUACUCACCGUCAUCUGUGAUGUGGAAGCCGUAAUAAACUGUCGACCACUUACUUAUGUGUCAAAUGACUCUGAGGAUCUUCUACCAUUAACUACGCCUUCCAUGUUCUUACAGGACAUUAAGGUUUCAGCGUUAACUAUUGAUGAAUUAGUUAAGAAAUUUUGGACUCUCGAAACAGUUCCGGAAGAAACUGUUCUGUCGAAAUCCGAUGUAAGCUGUGAGGAACAUUUUAAAACUUUUCAUGACGGAGACAACUCAGGUAGAUAUGGAGCAAGAUUACCAUUCAAGAAAUCACCAUCAGAAUUAGGAGAUUCUAGGGAAUUAGCUUUGAGAAGGUUUUUACUUUUGGAAAAUAGAUUAGUGAGAAAACCCGAACUGUAUAACUUAUAUAAGGGGUUCCUCGAUGAAUAUUUGCAUUUGCGACAUAUGGAAGUCAUACCUGAUUCUGAACCUGUCUCUCCAAUACUCUAUUAUAUACUUCACUACCCAGUAUUUAAACCACCAAGUACUAGCACUAAAUUAAGUGUUGUAUUUGACGCAUCAUCAAAAACAUCCAGUGGAUAUUCACUUAAUGACCUGCUACACGUAGGUCCUAGAAUUCAACCAGAGUUGUUUGACAUUCUCAUCCGAUUUAGAACAUAUGCUGUUGCUAUCUGUGUGGAUAUAGAAAAAAUGUAUAGACAAAUUCGUGUGCAUCAAGAAGAUACGAAUUUUCAGCGCAAGGAAGAUAGCAAGGGAAGAUAG